CACAGGAAGGAGGCAGCCAAUGAAGUGGCUUUGAGUGAACUCCGGAGUGUUCAAGAGCAUCUGAACAUGAGUGAACGUUGUGUGGAGACUCUGAGGGGGGAGCUGAGAGACAUGGUCGCUCAGAGGGACACCACACAUGCCGAGCUUCAUCAGGCCCGUCUGCAGGCCGCACAACUCACACUUCAGCUGGCAGAUGCCAGUCUGGCUCUGAGAGAGGGCAGGGCUAACUGGGCACAGGAGAAAGAGACCCUGCAGCAGAAUGCAGAGAUGGACAAAGUGCGUCUGGAACGUCUAAAUGAUGAGAUUCAGCAGAAGGAGGAGAUGUUGCAAGAGGCAAGGAUGGAGAGAGAGAAAGCAGUGGUGGAGCUGGGACGAGAGAAAGACUGCAAUCGGGUUCAGCUAAGCGAGACCCGUCGUGAGCUGCAAGAGCUGAAGGCCAGUCUCAGAGUGGCUCAGAAAGAGAAGGAGCAGCUGCAGACAGAAAUACAGGUAAGACCUCAGUUCUCACAAAACUCUUUAAGUGCUCAAUGUUGUCUUGUUCUUAUUAAAGCCAUCUCAAAAAUUCUCACAGGUCAUCCAACAAGUGCUCAGUUUCUUGGUAAACAACCAUCUCAUUCAUAUGAGCCUGAAAGCAUAAGAGAAACAUGCUGUUGUACCAGUCCUAAACAUCAGAUGCAAGCUGUCUCUCAAGAGUGUUUUGCUCUGUGUGUCUGACAGCACUGGUUUAAAGCAAUUUUCCACAUAGUAAAUAUACUUACAUUGGAAAAUUGAGCCGACAGGAAACAUCGAUGU